GUGUGGCGGUAACAUGGCAACUCGCACGAUGCCCUAGCCUGCACUUUCCACUCCCUCCUCAAGACGUGUGUCUCGCCGCUCUGCUGCUCCAAGGAGCACAGGGGAAAGAAGCUGCAACAGCACAAUUGUUUUGGCAUCACCAGCAGGUUCAACUGAGGAGCUCCCACGGGAACGAUGCAGGACACCAUGUUGUCCAGAGUGAAUAAGGAUUUGCUCCCUCUCAAGAUACAUUAUUUCUUCAAGUAUGGAGGCAUUGCUUUCUUCACGUUUCUGCCAGUGGUGGCGCGACAGAAGGGCAUCCCUGCAGUGGCAGUGGGCCUCAUAUGGAUGGUGACUCCCAUGUCCAGCUGUGCCAUCAAUCUCUUCACAUCCGCUAUGGCAGACAAAUUCAAAGUUUACCGCGCCAUGUUUUUGGGCGGCAUGGUGACACUUACCUUUUCAUUCAUUUCCUUCUUCCUGCUGCCCAACGUUGUGACUCAGACACCCAUGCCGCUGCAUAGCACUUCGCCACCUCUCCACUGCACUGAUCCCAACGCAUCCAGCUUGGCACUGUGCUCGGCCGCUGUUCCGUACAAUCUCUCGUCUUGGAAUUGUAACGAAAAGGCCGAUAAUAAGAAAGAUGAUCGGCAGUGUGUUCUGCAGUGCUAUGACCAACAGAAUAGUGAUGACAGUGUGUUAAAUCAGACUGUUGUGUUUAAGGAUUUAAAUCUUAACUUUAACUCUGAUGCCAUCGACCAGUAUCACGUGUGUGAGGAAGAGUCAUGCACGCUCAUCAGUUCAUCACCCUCGCCGUGUGGCGCUUACCACAUGUUUGCCAACUGUAGCUACUACUGCCAGGCAGAGCCGCUCACCUUGCUGCAGCUGACACAAAGAGGAGAGUUUUGGUUGAUAUUCGUGCUGUUGAUAACAAUAUACGGUGGCAACUCGACGACCACCACCAUGGCCGACACCAUCUGCUUCCAGCUGCUCGGGAAGGAGCGGCGCCAUCUGUACGGCCGCCAAAGGUUGUUUGGCAGCAUUGGCUGGGGGAUCGUGGGUCUGUCAGGAGGCGCCCUUAUCGAUUAUUUUUCCCAUGGCAAUAAUCAACAAGCGAACUACAUGCCGGUGGUGGUGCUCGCCAGCAUCUUUCUGGGGUGCAAUCUGGUUGUGUCCUCUCGCAUUCCUUUCAAAGUACACGACCGAGAGAAAUUAAAGGCCAGCCACGUGGGACGUGCCCUCUGCAACUUCCCCUUCCUUGUGUACAUAGUCACAGUGGUGGUGUGCGGUCUUAACAUGGGCAUCGUGUGGACCUUCAUUUUCAUCGUAGUGGAGGACGUUGCUGGCUCAGCCUUCGCCCACAUCAAGCUGCUCCAGGGCAUUUUCAUGGGCGUCGGCUGCUUUCUUGGUGAAGUUCCAUCUCUCUUCCUCUCCGCGUUGGUGAUCAAGAAGCUGGGCAGCGAGAUCACCUUUGGCAUCUCCCUGACGGCCAUGGCAAUCCGAGUGUUCCUGUACUCUACGGUGAGCAAUCCAUGGUUCUUCCCGCCCAUUGAGCUGCUGCACGGGGCGUCCUUCGGGCUCUUCUACCCCAACAUGAUCGCCACCGCCAGCCAAAUGUCCCCGCCUGGAGCCAUGGCCACCGUGCAGGGAAUAGUCAAAACCACCUUCAUCACAGGUGUCUCGCUGGGGAGUCUGGUCGGGGGUCUGAUGGUUUCUGCUGUUGGGGGAUCCAACACCUUCUUCUAUGUGGGUAUCCUUGACGCAACCUACGUCGUGCUUUUCGGCAUCGCCCAUUACCUGCUGCGCGUUCACUGGACGCCAGGCGCUCCGGCGGACUACCAUCCCCCCGGAACAGCUGAGACGGAUUUAGACAUGAUACCGGAGGAGCAGAGGAGUGUGUGUGACCUCCAGGUGUGCACCCCUUGCCCAGACCUACCUGAGCUUGAGCACUCCGACCAUUCAGAACACCACGAGGAGACCAAGCAUGCUAUGAUUUAAGUUCCUCCAUGUAGAGUGACGAAACUCGACGUGCCAAUACCGAGGCACUGUAAAGCAACACAGCCUUUUAAGCGUACCGGGUAUUCAUAUUGAUGCGAUCGAGGUGAGAGAAGGGAGACCACCCGGAACGACGACAGAGAAGUAGACGUUGAAGGAGUCAACAAAGUACGUGCAAUGGAAAUGAAAUGCCAUCUCAACAAAGGAAAGCGUGAAGAAACGGAAUAAAGGGAAGUUGGAGGCAUUGGCCAUAACUGCCCGUGCCCUCUAUGCUCAUCUCCGUCCAGUUGUCCUUUCACUUUGUGGUGGAUGUUGUCUGUUUCUGAACAUUUUGUUCCGAAACAGACGAGUUGAUGUUUCUUGUUCCAUUUUUUAUGCAGAUGAGAGUUUUGUGAACUCAUUCUCUUAUCAUCGUCAUUAAAUUUCUAACUAUAAUUUUUAAACUGAGUGAUAUAUAUAAUCUUCGUGUGAAUGAAAUCGCUUUCAAGGAGUCUUAGAGAGAUUUGUAUGAGCUGUUCAAUAUAGUGAA